UUUUUAUAUAUCCAUAAUACCAAAAUUGAAUAGGCAGUAACUUUAAUGCUAUAUUUAAUUGCUAAUAUUUUUUUGUGUAUAUUCUAUGGUCUUCAACCUUAGAGGUGCAGUCUACUCAGAAUAAAAGAACCAGAGAGAGAGAGAGAGUAGCAUAGUUCACUCAGUGAGAAACAUAACCAUGAGUUUUCCAACAGAGGAAGAUGAUAAUUACAACAAAAACGAAUCAAAUUCAAUUCAAGAUGAUCAGAUCAAGCGAGCUCAACUAAAAAUGCAAUUUCGCAGUACAAGAAAGGGGGAUGAUGAGACCAUUGAGUCCUAUGUGAAAAGAUUGAAAUCCAUAGCAGAUUCUCUAGCAGCAAUGGGCCUUCCAAUAUCAGAUUGGGACAUGGUGUUGCAACUUCUUGCUGGUUUGCCUAGUGAAUACGAGCCCCUCAGGAAAAUAAUAGCAUCAAAGUGGCCUCACCCCACUUUUGAAGAGGCUUGUUCCAUGGUGUACAUGCUGGAGGGCAUAUUACUGCAGGAUCAUCAUGAGUAG